AGGCUCGGGGCGUGGCCGGCAGGGUGAGGGCGCUCGGCGCGCCUCGCGGCUGAGGGGCCUCCGCUCCGCGCAGCGCUGCGGGCCGGCGCUCCCGGCUCCCGGCUCCGGGCAGCAGCUCCAGCAGCAGCCACCGCCCUCCCCGUGCCCCUCCGCGGGCGCCCUGCCCCGCCCCGCCCCGCCCCGCCCUGCCCCGCCCCCGCCAUGCUUCCGUGGCCGGUGCCCCGGUGAGAGGCGAGCGGCGUUGCCGGCGGCCAUGCGGGUCCUGGCGGGCUGGGCCGUGCUGGUGGCGCUGGGCGAGUGGCUGUGGGCCGGUGCGGAGGUGCCGCUGGGGGACUUCUAUCCCUUCGGGCCGGCCCAGGGCGACGCCGCCACGCGGAAGCAGGACGACGGCGGCUCCGAGCUCCGGCCCCUCUCCAUCCCCUUCCCCUUCUUCGGUGUGGGGCACACCGGCCUCUACGUAAACAACAAUGGGAUCAUCUCAUUCCUGAAGGAAGUCUCCCAGUUCACGCCGGUGGCCUUCCCCAUCUCCAAGGACCGGCGGGUGGUUGCUGCUUUCUGGGCAGAUGUGGAUAAUCGGCGGGCAGGUGAAAUAUAUUACCGAGAGAGCACCGAGCAGCCCAUCUUGGACAGAGCGAGCAGGGACAUUGCCCAGUAUUUCCCUGAGUUCCCGGGGUUUUCUGCACAGUGGGUCUUCAUUGCAACCUGGUACCGAGUCACCUUCUUCGGAGGCAACUCAUUUUCACCAGUAAACACUUUCCAGAUCGUCCUCAUCACGGAUGGCAAGCUUUCCUUCACCAUCUUUAACUAUGAGUCCAUCACCUGGACCACGGGUAUGCACGCCAGCAGUGGGGGGGACUUUGCUGGGCUCGGUGGCAUCGCGGCACAGGCAGGUUUUAAUGCUGGUGAUGGAAAGCGCUACUUCAACAUCCCCGGAUCCCGCACCGAUGACAUCGCUGACGUGGAGAUGACGACAAAUGUGGGUAUCCCCGGGCGCUGGGUGUUCAGAAUCGAUGAUGCCCAGGUGCAAGUGGGGGGCUGCAGCAAUACAACCUCUGUCUGCCUGACACUGCGGCCCUGCCUGAAUGGGGGGAAGUGUAUAGAGGACUGCAUCACAGGGAACCCCUCCUACACCUGCUCUUGCCUGGCCGGUUUUACUGGGAAGAGGUGCCAUGUUGAUGUGGAUGAGUGCCUCUCCCACCCAUGUCAGAACGGAGCCACCUGCCUUAACGGUGCCGGCACGUUCACCUGCAGGUGCCCGCCAGGCUUCAGAGGCAACAACUGCGAGACUGCAGAAUCGCCGUGUGAGAACAGGGUGUGCCAGAAUGGUGGGAGUUGCCAGGUGGUGAACAGGACAGCAGCAUGCUUGUGCCAGUCAGGGUACACAGGGGAGGACUGCCAAACAGAGGUGAAUGAAUGUGAGUCCAGCCCAUGCCUGAACGGCGGGCACUGCAUUGACCUGCUCGAUAACUACACCUGUGUGUGCCUGGAGCCCUUUGUGGGACAGCGCUGCGAGACAGAUUCAUCUUCCUGUGAGGACCGGAGUUGCCAGAACCGGCAGACGUGCAACUACAUCCGCCCUGGCCGCUAUAUCUGCACCUGCUCCCCGGGUUAUUAUGGCAACAACUGCCAGUAUGGUGGGCCCCGCAUGCCCGGCGCCUGCCUCUCCCACCCGUGCCAGAAUGCAGGCAGCUGUCUGGAGACUGAGCGGGGCUACGUCUGUGAGUGCCAGGAGGGCUACACUGGACAGGACUGUCGAGAACAGCUCUCUGAGGGCUGUGAAUGCCGUAAUGGGGGCAGUUGUCUGGAGGGGAAUGUCACCGUCUGCCAGUGCCUUCCUGGGUUUUUUGGUAUCCUCUGUGAAUUCGAAGUCACCACGACACCGUGCAACAUGAACACGCAGUGCCCGGACGGUGGGUACUGCAUGGAGUAUGGCGGGAGCUACCUCUGUGUCUGCCACACCAACUAUGGCACCAACCACACGAUGCCAUCCCCCUGCGACUCGGAGCCCUGCUUGAAUGGGGGGUCCUGCAAGGUUCAGGAUGACUCGUACAUCUGCGAGUGUCCUCAAGGCUUCCUUGGCGUGCACUGCGAGAAAGCCAAGCCUCGGCUCUGCAGCGCGGGGCCCUGCCGCAACGGGGGCACCUGCAGGGAGGCGGAUGGCGAGUACCGCUGCACCUGCCCCUACCGCUUCACCGGCAAGCACUGCGAGAUCGGUAAGCCGGACCCCUGUGCAUCGGGGCCCUGCCAGAACGGAGGCACCUGUUUCCACUACAUCGGCAAGUACAAGUGUGACUGUCCCCCAGGCUACACCGGCCGGCACUGCGAGAUCGUGCCCUCUCCUUGCUUUCUUAGCCCCUGUGAGAAUGGGGCUACCUGCGAGGACCUCGGCGGGGGCUAUGCUUGCACCUGCUCCGUGGGCUAUGUAGGGAAGCACUGCCAGUUUGAGGUUGAUUGUGGCAUCCCCAGUGAGGUGAAGCAUGCCCAGGCUUCUUUCAACUCCACCAAGGUGGGCUCACUGGCUGAAUACCAGUGUGAGCUGGGCUAUAUCCUGAGCCAGCACAACCAUCCCCGUGUCUGCCGUGUGCCAGGUGUCUGGAGCGACCCUCCCGAAUGUGAUGAGAUCGACGAGUGCCAGUCGCAGCCCUGCCUGAAUGGUGGCCAGUGCAAGGAUCGUGUCUCUGCCUUCCUGUGCUUGUGUGAGCCAGGUUACACCGGCUACCACUGCGAGCUGGGUAAGAGACCACGCCAGGCAUGCUCCAGGACUGUCACAAUCCCUUCCUCACCCUCCUGCCCUUGGGAAAGCCCCAGUGGAUUGCGAACUCCAUCGCAAGGAGCUAGGUUACCAGGAGCUGGGUGUGCUUGGAUCAGGGCUUCUUUCCCAGGACUCCCAGCCAACCGUAGGAUUUUCCACCAGGGAGAUGCUGCUCCUGUUGGGGGACAAUGGGCAGCUUGGGAAGUGUUUGGACUCUGCCUCUUCCUUUGGUUUGCAGUGCAGAGGGAUGGGGCUCCAGAGAGACGGUGGAGCCAAGCCGGGCACCCCCGGGUUCUGCGGAACAGGCUGCCCCCAGCCUUCCUGCCGGAGCUCCGCCUGCUGGCAGAUCAUGACACGGCUGAGGAGCCCUCGCCAGCCCCCAGGUUCACAGAGCUGGUGGAUGGCAGAGGGAGGAUCAGUGCCAGGUUUGGCACUGCGCUGGGAAGAUCGAUCACUGUGAAGACACAGCCAGAGGCUCCAGUGAAGCUGGAGAACACAGAGGUGUCCAGCUGGGACAGUCUGGCACUGCAGCUGCGUGAGGCAAAGAGCAAGAGAGAGGGGCAGAGCUGCUCCAAGAAUCCCUGCAGGAAUGGAGGCACCUGUACCCGAGAUGGGGAGUCCUACCACUGUGCCUGCCGCCCGGGCUUCAAGGGCCGCGUCUGCCAGCUGGCCUGCAAGAAGGUGCCACACUCGUGCACGCGGCUGUACUCGGAAACCAGGUCAUUCCCAGUGUGGGAAGGAGGCACCUGCCACUAUCUGUCCAGGAGAGUCUACAAGGUACACCAGGAUAUCUGCUACAAGGAGAGCUGUGAGAGCACCAGUUCCAAGAGGACAAGCAGCAGAAAGCCAAGCACCAGUCACACACUGAAGAAGCCAUAGAAGGUUUAAAGCAGUAGAAGCUUCGUCUUUCCACAUCUAAGGGCUUUUUGAACAUCAGGAAGAUCAGAUCUGCUCACUGGGUUGAACACAGCAGGGGAGCCUUCCUGCCUGGUGUCAACCUCUCCCUCUCCUCCGGCCCAUUAGGGACACGCGGCUGGAUCAGCACACUGAGUAGUGCUCCCUUUCCCCCUGCUGGCCCAGCGCUGCCUUUGCUGGCCCCCUCUCUGCCCCCGAGGAGCUGAGCACCAGUGCCCCUUGAGGGGGCCAGCCCUGCUCAGCACCCCCAGCCACUCUGCACAAGCGACGGGCUCCCCGCUUCUCUCAGGGAUCAGCCCAGCCCCUUGCCAGCAGCAUCUGCACCAAUCUGUUUUCGUAAUCCAAGGUUAUAAAUUACCUAUAACCCUCAAAUAAAACAGUUUAAUGCAGACCAAAAAGCUUUAGCCAUCACCUGACAUCUGGCCCCCAAAAACAUGCUCUGAGGAGCAGCCUCUGUAGAUGAGUUAGAAAUGGUGAGCAGCUCCAAGUGCUGAGGUGAGCACGGGCAGUAGAGGAGCAUUCCUGUUUCCUCUGCUCUAGCAGGGGAAACUGAGGCAGCUUCUACUGCCUGCCUUUUUUCUUUGCUUUGUACACAAGCCCUGGUUUAAACCAAAUUUCCAGCUCAGAAACCAAUAGAGCACCUAAAAAAGAAUUUAAAAUGUGUUUUGUAGGGUGAAAUCUGUCGGCUGAGGCAUGCCAGUACCACCACACUUGUGGUUGCCUCCACACCAGUGCAGGGCACGGCAGAGGCUCGGUGAGGGAACCAGCCCCACACGGCAUCCCCUUGCACUGCACCUCCAGGGUUCUGUGGAGGAGAGGACCAGCACCCAGCACUGCAGCAGGGCAGGCAAGGAAAGAAAAAGUGUAGCUUAGAAACGUUCCUAGUUUUCGUGAGUUUGUAUGACAACACUAGUUAAACAUAGGUUUGUGUAUUAACGUACACGGUGUAUAUUAUAAAUUAACACAUACCAGAGAUAUAUCGCAGUUAUGCUAUAGAGCGCCACGGCCCCAGCAGAGUGGAAUUAUUCUGGUGGGGAGGGCCUCCCCUCCUGCCAAGCAGAGCUCUGCUGCUCAGCCACGUGUCUCAAGCAGCAGCUUGGAAGCUGCCCUCAGAGCAGGACAGGCCCAGGAGUUUCAGCACUCCCGCCACCACCCUCUUCCUCCUGGGAGCAGUGUACCAGGGCUCAGCCUGGGGCAGGGGCAAUGGGAAGCCACGAGCAGCUGGCCAGUGUGCUGCUCCCCUCCUGCACCACCUCUAGCUUUGCUCCCACGGGACAGACAGGCCUUGUUUUCCUCCAAGGCUGCCUGGUCCUGCUCCAGCUGCCUGGCAAGCACAGCGGCCCUGCCUUCCCAGGGCAGGAGAUGAAGCCAGCCCUCCCUAGCAGGAGGAGCAGGGCAAGGGCAAACCCAAACAGGAGAGUUUGGAGCUGUGGUCUGAAAGUAUUUGCACCCCUGCUCUGUCAGCCACGCGAUCAGCACUGACAGGGGCUGUGGAGGUGGAGGCGGCCCUGCCAUGGGACAGUUCUGUAUCCACAGGACUUGUCCCCACACCACCAGGAAGCCUGGUCCCGCUGCCAGCCAGCAGAGCAGCCCACAGCCUCCUGUCCCACAGCUGGCUCAGUAUGUAAUGCAGCUGGAAGGUUUUAACCUAGUCUUGGAAAUAAAUUAGGGGUUUUUGUUUGAUUUUUUUUUUAAUAAAAACACUUUAUGGAAA